UCCCUCACUACUACUUGGCAACACCACACUAACACACGACAGCACUGUGUCAAACAUUAGUUCCUCUUGCAAAAUAAAAUUGAUUUAUUUUUGUCGUGGAGCAUCCUAAACACUAAAAUCUACGUAAAAUAGGAACAACCAGCCGAUCGAUAAUUUCAUAUUUUCGGCAAAAAUGGCUCUUGAUCGAACAGCGUCACCGGUUCCUGAAAAAGAAAAGGAAAAGAAAUCUACGCGCGGUCGUGAACGCGAAAGAAAACGUCGUGGUAGUGGAUCCAGUUCUAGCAGUGGAAGCUCAUCAGACAGCAGUUCAUCAUCACGCAGCUCAGGUUCUCGUUCCAGUUCGUCUAGUUCGUCGUCGUCGAGCUCCAGUUCUUCAACGUCGUCCAGCAGUGGAGGCGAUCGACGAACGAAGCGUAAAUCAAAAACUCGCACUCGAAGCAAGAGUCCAAUUUCGAAGGGCGACGUUCGCAAAGAAUCGAAAGAUCGUGGUCGCUCAAAAGACCGCUCCAGGCGUAGUGCCGACAAGGACAAUGACGAUAAAGCUAAACGUCGCUCAGUUGACCGAUCCAAAGACAGGGGUCGUUCUCGCUCCACAUCCCAGCGUAGAAAGCGUCGUGAACGAUCGCCAACACCAAAACCUACGCGAAUUCACAUCAACAAACUGACCCGAAACCUUACCAAGGAUCACAUUCAAGAAAUAUUUUGCUGUUACGGAGCCAUUAAAGCCAUUGAAUUUCCACUGGAUCGUUACCAUCCACCAGCUGGACGUGGUCAUGCAUUCGUCGAAUAUAACAAUCCCGAAGACGCCGAAACGGCUAUGAAACACAUGGAUGGCGGUCAAAUUGACGGACAAGAAAUUACAGUGUCGCCGGUUCAGGCUCGAAAUCGGCAAAUGAUGCGAAGACCAUCUCCGCCACCAUUCAGGGGACGUCCACCUCCAAAUCGUUGGCGAUCACCAUUACGUUUUCGGCGCAGAUCACCACCUCCUCGUCGUCGUAGUCCGAGACGCCGUUCGCGUAGCCCUGUAGCCCGUCGAAGACGUCGUAGCAACAGUUCAGACAGCUCUCGUUAAACAUCCGUGUUCAGAGUGUCUUGUAUCGCGUGAAAUCGAUCCUACAAAUUCGAUUUAAAUAUCCGGAAGUGUUGACUUUGUGAAAUUAUUUUUUUGGUAAGGACAUCGAGACCGUAGCACUACAAUAAAAUUACAAUUUUUUUUAAAACCAUAAAGUCACAGCCAAUUGUACUUUUCUUUGGAAUAAAACGUACGUCGUACACACUAA